AUGGCGCAGAGACCCGAUGCUACAUUGACCGGUUAUCAGCGCGAGCUGGAUUCCUCAGCAGGGAUGAGAGACACCUCAGAGGACAUGGUAGACGGCAUGGGCGUGCUGAGCUUUGGGGGUCACCAAACGUCAGGGUACUUUGGUCCUUCCUCGAUCUCUGCCUUCUCUCGGCAGAUUCAACAAACCUUGCAUCAAACGCUUGGCCAUCGAGACUCAACGAACUUGACAAACAUUGGCAGACAAAACUUUCACCGCUUUGCUCCGACAGCAACGCCCUCCAUAGCCGGGCAAAUAUUCCAACUCAAUGAUGGCUCAGUCGACAUCAUGGUCCUGCCACCGGAAAACGAGGUCGUCAGACUGGUGGACCUUUAUUUCUCACGAACAGGUAUCUUGUUCCCUUACAUCCACAAACAGUCUAUUUUAAGCGGCUUAGCCGAUUUGAAGGCUGCAGGUGUUGGUGGCAUGCGCCGAUCUUGGCUCAGUCUCCUGAACACCAUGAUGGCCUUUGGACUCACUUUAGCAUUGGAUUCCAAGCGAAAUGAAUAUGGUGCUUCCAAGGCCGAACAAUGUCUACAGCGGGCUCUGUCACUACUUCCCGAUGUGCAGAGGCACCCUAUCAAUCUUGAGACACUACAAGCGUUGAUUUUGCUUGCACAAUACUUACAGGGAAUUCAUCGAUCUGUACAAGCGUACAGCUUCCUCGGCUUGACUGUACAAGCAGCCUUCCAAAUUGGUGCUUAUCUGCCCGGGCAGCAAGAGUUAGAGAGUAUGCUCGAGUAUCAGAUUCGAAAGCGUUGUUGGUACAUGUGUUUUAUCCUUGACAGGGCAUUUUCGAUGAGGUUCGGCAGACCUCCCUUGAUUCACAGUGACUACAAUCGAAUGAGCAUGCCCAGCGAUGUCGAUCUCGAGCAGAUUGAAGAUCUCACGAAUCCGCAACUGGGUCGUACGCCAUCAACCACCAGCGGCUUCAUUCACAAUAUACGCAUAGCACGAUUCGUAGAUGAGAUCAUCCAUGAAGUCUAUCAGGACAAUAUCCCGAACGACGUUGGGUCUUCCCUUGACGAAAUGAUUCCGGAAAUUGUACGAAUCGAGUCAAACAUGCACGCGUGGAAGAAGACACUCCCACCAAAUAUGCAGAUAAAAAGCAGAGCAGACAUGCGUUUUGGUGCUCAGCACGCGUCCGACUCGUUUCAGCUCAGUCUUACCCUGACGCUGCAUUAUUUGAAUGCCCGAACACUCCUUCAUCGAGCUGUACUUCCGUUUUUCCUCAACCUCCAGAGGUCGAAAGACGAGGAUGGUGGACUUUAUGCGCAAAGCUUUGCCAUUCCAAGUAUUGAACACAGUGUCGCUUCUGCGACGGAAAUCAUCGAGAUUCUUUACGAUGUGUCACAGUCAGGGCAGCGAGUACUUAUGGCUUGGUGGUUUUCUCUUUAUUUCGUCUUCAAUUCCGCACUCGUGGUUUUUGCCGCGAUCAUCAUACAGCACCACCACUCACUGAAUCUACCAUGUCUUGAUCCCAUGGCUCUGAGACAUUCUUUUAAUAAAGCCAUUCAGGCAGUGGAAGUCUUAGGGGACAAGAGCGAUAUCGCAUCUCGUUGUGAGACGUAUCUGCAGAAUUUGUUACGUGGCGUUUCAUCUUUUGGCUCACGAGCUGGAGAUGCGGCCCAGGAGAGUGAGACCCGGGACGCGUAUGCAUUCAUCGACCAAGGCAAUGUUGACUCCAAUCUACUGGAUAUGACAGACCUUGAGCUGGAAUACUUUGCACCAUUCUAUACGUGA